GGACCUCCGUCAGGAACCGGGGACAAUAUAAGGAGGUCCGAUUCUGCUUACCCUACCCGCCAACUUGGUUUCUAUGGCCUUAUUCACGAGUUGGUUGGAGUGGCCAACAAUAUGAGGGAGCGGGGACAAUAUAAGGAGGCCCGCUUCCGGAGGUACCUGAGCUUAGGAAACUCCGUGUGUCUGCGGGACGGUUUGUUCAACGCCUUGCGGAAGUAAAGUCUACAGCCGACUACGUGGAAACAAAGACACCACCCAUGGAGGACUCGUUGGCUCAACGACGGGCGGAAAUUAUCGACGGGUGGUUCAACCCCAACUGGUGUGACUGGCGCUUCCACAUCCACGACUGUUCUGGGGAACGAAUAUGGCAAACCUUCUACAUCUUUCACUCCAUUUGGGGCUUCACCCUCGUCGCCAUGGGCCUCUUCGCGCUGUAUGGCAAAGUCCUGCCUGUGUGGGCGCGCGGACACCGGAUAUUCGAGAUUGAGGAGGGUGUGCUACGGCCGCGGGCUGGGGAGGGGUUUCUGGCGUUUGCGACGUUGGGGAUGUUGGGAAGGGGGAUUUAUACGACGGUCAUUUUGGCGGCACGGGGACGGGGGUUCGGGAGCGAGGCGGCGAAUGAGUUUUUCCAAGUUUUUCCUUUCGUUCUGAUACUGGAUAGCGGAGUAAUCUGGGCGGUUGGUGUUGUUUACGCAACGCCUCGUCAACGCCUCGUCGGCAGCACCACCGUCCUAGUGCACCUCCCUUCGCCGCGGGUGCUCAACUACAUACUUAUCGUUCUCGUCGCCCUCCCCACCAUCCUCAUUCCCGUUUUCGCGACUCUCGACGGGUACGCACGCGACAUCCUCCGUCCCGACCUCUCGCGAGCACUGCAUAGCGCGCAUUUCUGGACAUGGACGAUAUGCUGUGUUCUCACGGCCACCGCUUUGGCGUAUUUUGGAUGGCAUCUUGUGAAGGCGCUGAGAGAGACGGCGAAAGAUAUGAGCUCCAUGGCCGAUAUGCACCCGGAGAGUCCCAAGAGUGUGUCCGAGGCAGAGUUCCGGAGGGCUAUCACCAGUGCCAUGAUAACGCUAUCGACCUUAUUUUCACUGGCAAUCGUGUACGGCAUCGUUCUUUGCGCGUUUGGUUUGUUUCGAGUCGAGAUACAAAGCUUCCUCCCGUACUCGGUGCUGGUGGGGGGCUCCUGGAUCUUCUGCAUGCCUACGAUGCUGACAGCUAUUUUUGGGUUUUUCUGUUAUGGAGUAUAUCAGAGCAAAGCGGACGAGCGACGACACAAUCAAUCCGUCCCCUGCGCACGAUCGUUCUUCAAAACGGUCACCAACCGCCGACGACCGUUGCCUGGGGUCACAGGGGCCGAUAUCACCACCGCGGGGAUGAUGUCAGAAGAUGAGGAUACGACGCCGUCUAUACAACGUUGUCCAUAGAAAAAGGUAAGGAGAAUGGGGGCGCCGUCGCUGGUCUUUUCUACUCUGAGGCGCAUGACUCGCACGCAACCCCAACCAAUCACAACCCUAACCCGUCGCGACUAGGAGCUCGCGUCUGCCGCACAACAUCGACGUUCGUGGCCUGCGGAAGUACUCCUCAUGCAACGAGUAUUAGCAGU